AUGAAGAAACAAAGAAAGCUUGUUUCUCUUAAAUGUGGCCGGAAACCAGGUAAAGAUGCAUGCCAAUUCACAAUGGGUAGAUAUCUGACUCAGCGACUGUACAGGGGACAGUGUAAAAUUGCUGAAAACAAAAAUUAUCAAAACCCCACACAACCAAAGGCCUUACUUCUGCAAAGCGACCGUUUGUUGGAUAUUCCCUGUAAGGUCUGUGGUGACCGCAGUUCCGGAAAGCAUUAUGGGAUAUACAGCUGUGAUGGCUGCUCUGGGUUCUUCAAGAGAAGCAUCCACAAGAACAGGGCAUACACGUGUAAAGCCCAGGGUCCACUCAAGGGGAGAUGUCCGGUUGACAAGACACACAGAAACCAAUGUCGGGCCUGCAGACUCAACAAGUGUUUCGAGGCAGACAUGAAUAAAGAAGCUGUCCAGCACGAGCGAGGGCCACGAAAACCCAAACCCAAACCCGGAGACCUGUCCGGGUCGCUAAUGGUUGACCCUACCGGACAUAGCUCCCAAGAUCAUCCCAUUGACCUGAGUGUCAGUGUGGGCAACCCUUGCGGCCUUCUCCCUCUACGAUACCAACACGACAUCGCCAUGGCCACAUCGCACAUCCUGCCCGAAUCACAGAUGCUGAUGUUGGGCUAUGUCAACCGCUUCAAUGACAUCAUGCGGGUUCAUCAAGGACCUUCUGCAUUCACUACCCCAAUAGCCCCUCCCAUUGUGACGUCAUUCCACCAGGACUUGCUGCAGGAAGUCAUGGCCAGACUUUUGUUUACGGUCGUUACCUGGGUGAGGCACAUCCCAGCAUUCAUCAGUCUCAGUUCGUCUGAUCAGACAGUGCUUAUGGCAUCGGCCUGGAAAGAACUCUUUAUUUUGGGCAUAGUUCAGUGGGGACUACCAGUGGAACACCUGGCCCAGCGAGACGAUAUGGCGGUGUCCACUGCCGAGCUUGAGGAAGGUGUCAGUGUCUACGAGUUGGUCUUGCGGCUCCGAGAGAUGUCUCUGGACGCUACAGAGAUUGCUUGUGUGAAGGCUAUAGCUCUUUUUAAACCAGAUAUCCAAGGCCUGGUUGACAAGCGUCAAGUACAAUGUAUACAAGACCAAGCACAACUCAUGCUUAACAAGCACAUCCAGUUGAGCUACCCGCGCCAGAUGAUCCGAUUCGGGCGACUUCUGAUGCUGCUCUCCAAGAUGCAGAAUUUCAGUACUAACGUUGUGGAACGGCUCUUCUUCAGGGGACUUUUAGCGAGCUCGUCAAUAGAAAAACUUAUAGGAAACAUACUACAUGGCGACUUUUUAUGA